AGCCCCGUGCACUGACCUGCUGCCAUAAAGACAGCCCCGGGCCAUGCCUGGGGGAGGGCCCCUCGCCGGGUACACCACGAGGCCGCACACGGGGCUACUCCAGGGCUGCAUGGUGACCGCUGGGCUAUGCGUUCUGCGUCCCUCAGGCCAGCGGACGGGACAAGCGCGGGAUGGAAAAGACUCCAACCGUCAUGUUAAGGUAAAGCAGAAAAGUGCAGUGCUGAACAUGCUAAAGAAGUUGGACAAAAUAAGGUUCAGAGGUCACAAGAGAGAUGAGUUCCUUGAUUUAGCAGAGUCUCCAAAUGCUUCUGACACUGAAUGUGGAGAUGAAAUCCCAGUGAAAAUACCUCGAACAGCACCCCGAGACAAUGAAGAGCUGAGAGACCCUGCUGGUCCAGGGACCAUCAUCAUGGCUUCAGGAGUUCAGGAUUUUAACAGAACGGAGUCUGACAGACUGAAUGAAAUCAAAGGUCACCUGGAAAUAGCCUUACUGGAAAAACACUUUUUGCAGGAGGAACUCAGGAAGCUGAGAGAAGAAACGAAUGCUGAAACAUUAAGACAAGAGCUAGAAAAGGAACGACAGAGGAGGCUAGAACUAGAACAAAAAGUCAAUGAAGUACUUAAAGCAAGAGCUGAAGAGGUGUCUGCAACUCAACAACCUGCAAAGCCACAGACACAAGCCAAUGGAGCAGAUAAACGUAGUCACACAGUGUGUUCAAGACUCCAGAAGUGGUUUUGUGACAAAUUUGGGGAGUAUGUUGAGGACUUCAGAUUUCAACCAGAGGAGAAUACAGUGGAAACAGAGGAGCCACUUAGUGCUAGAAGGUUGACUGAAAAUAUGAGAAGAUUAAAGAGAGGUGCCAAACCCGUUACUAAUUUUGUGAAGAACCUUUCUGCCUUAUCAGACUGGUAUUCUAUCUACACUUCUGCUAUUGCCUUUAUUAUUUACAUGAAUGCUGUAUGGCAUGGCUGGGCCAUUCCUAUGUUCUUAUUUUUAGCAAUUUUGAGGUUGUCCCUAAAUUACCUCAUAGCCAGGGGUUGGAGAAUACAGUGGAGCAUUGUGCCUGAAGUUUCUGAACCUGUGGAACCCCCAAAAGAGGACCUGACCGUGUCUGAAAAGUUUCAGCUUGUUCUAGAUGUGGCUCAGAAGGCGCAGAAUCUUUUUGGGAAGAUGGCAGAUAUACUGGAAAAAAUUAAAAACUUGUUCAUGUGGGUCCAACCAGAAAUAACACAGAAGCUCUACAUUGUUCUAUGGGCAGCUUUUAUUGCAUCCUGCUUUUUGCCCUACAGGAUUAUUGGACUUGCAAUGGGACUCUAUGCUGGAAUCAAGUUUUUCCUAAUUGAUUUCAUCUUCAAACGAUGCCCCAGACUAAGAGCUAAGUAUGAUACUCCUUAUAUCAUCUGGACAAGUCUCCCAACAGAUCCUCAACUCAAAGAAAGAUCUAAUGCUACGGUGUCGAGACGACUUCAAACAGCAGCAUCCAGAAGUUACGUGGGCUCAAAUGCCCCAGCUGGAAUAAACAAAGAUGAAGACACGAGUCGUUUCCAUACCACCAAGAGGGGGAAUUUCCAUGAAGUUUUUAAUCUGUCAGAAAAUGAGCGUCCUUUGGCAGUGUGUGAAAAUGGCUGGCGUUGUUGCUUGAUAAACAGAGAUAGGAAGAUGCCUACAGACUACAUCAGAAAUGGAAUUCUGUACGUCACAGAAAAUUACUUGUGCUUUGAAAGCUCCAAAUCAGGCUCAUCUAAAAGAAAUAAAGUUAUAAAGCUAACGGAUAUAACAGAUAUUCAGAAGUAUAAAGUGCUCUCUGUUCUCCCGGGAUCAGGGAUGGGUAUUGCUGUAUCAACACCAUCUACACAAAAACCUUUGGUGUUUGGUGCUAUGGUACACAGAGAUGAAGCUUUCGAGACGAUUUUCAACCAGUAUGUGAAAAUAACCUCUGCAUCAUCAAACAGUGAGAGCUAGUAUCUUAUCUUAGAAAACCUAGAGGAAACUUUCUUAUUUUACAAUUUGGUAGUGAAAAAAAAAUGAACAUCCUCAUCUAUUUUGCAAUAAUUUUUCUUGUCUGGUGGUUUAUAUUCUAUCUGUUACAUAAAUCAAGUGUAUUUUAUAUAUGCCUUCAUGUUUGUUUUUAAGGUUUUUGUAAAAAAAAAAAAGUAAAAAACCCACAAAAAAAAAAGAAACAAAACAGUGGAAGUGCUAUCAUCACUAUUAGCCUUGUACAUUAAGCACUUUUAAUGUUUAUUUACUGACAUGAAUAGCUCGAAAGACACUAGGAGAAGCGAUGAAAUAAUGGACUGAAACAGACUGAUCCCUUUUAACUGCACUUAUAUCACUGGGGAUACGUUGGACCCAUUAUCUCUGUUAUUUUUUCCCCAAGAUGUGAGAAUGACAACUGCAAUAUCCUGAAGUCUGUUUCUUCAGCUUUAAGUUUUUUAUUGGGUUCUAUAUUAAAACUGGUGGCAACACCAAGGAAGUAUUAUCAUCUUAGUAUUUCCAUAUUUGUAACUGCACUUAAAAUAACUCCUCCUUGCUAAAUCUUGCAUCCAAGAAGGUUAUAUACCAGUUGGCUUCGGAUCAGUUUUUUCUGCAUAGAGAUUUAAAUUGUUUGUACAGUGAAUUGGAGGAAAAUGAUUCUAGCUAUAUCUUCCUUUCCUGAUUAACCAAAGUAAGAGGAAGGAAGGCAGGCAGAUACUUUUUAUAAAAGAGGGCAUCAAAAUGUUGUUCCUAAAAUGUUAGGCAUCGUAUAUUUGUAUUUCUGUAGAUACUUGUCAUAGAAGGGCUCAACUGUUGUACAUGUUGUAUGUACAAGGUGUUUGUAUGUUAAUGCACAAAAGACUCAUGGGCUUUUUGUGUUGGGGGAGCUGGGAAUAGUUAAACUAAACUGCGACGUGGCUAUUUUUUAAUUUGGCUUUUCUCUAGAGUUACCUUAUAAUAACACUACAAGACAGCAGCUGAAAGCACUAUUUCCUUCUCAAAACGUCAUUUGAGGGGCAUUGCGAUGUCGCUGUGUUUCCACUUGCAAAAUUAAAUUUUAGUAACAAUUAAACCCAACUGCCAGGUAAAACAGGAAGGCUGUGCUCCUUCUCUAAACUCUCUCAGGCCUUUCUAUCAGCAAAGCACAUACUGACCUUCAUCUUUAAUACAGAAAGCUUUUAUAUUCUAUACAAUAGCACCCAUCUGAGAGGUUUAGAAUUCUAUUUGCAUUUUUCUUGAAGCACAGUAGGAGUUACGCUAAGCCUUCCAGUUUGUCUUUUCCUUCUCUGUGUCUUUUGAGUCGAGUAGUGUGAUGUCUCCAGAUGUUAUGUGAAGGCCCCCAAAAAAGUAAUGGAAACGCAAAUUCUUAUAUAAAAAAUAGGACUUGGUUUCACAGAUUUUUUUUUUAAACAGGGAUUUUUCUUUCUUUAUAUGGGGAAAAGGAUAGAAUGAAGGAGGGGCAGAGCCGAACACCAAAGGAUCUUUAACACUUAGCACAGGUUUUACUUAAAGUAACUAAAUGCAGCAGUACUGAAGGAGGCAGUUAAACUGUACAAAACUGUUUCAGUCUGGCUGUGAAGAAGUAUGAUGCAAAGAACUUAAAGUGCACCUGAUGCGAAGAAAUACUGUUGAAUACUGUGAUUUGGUUGGGUAUUGUGAAGUAAAACAUUGUCUGUAGUAAAGCACCAUGCCCUGGGUGGAACUGUGAACAGGAGAGAAUCCGUAAGGGCUGGGAUGUCAUUUGGGAGAUCUCUGUAGAGCAAUGCUUCAACUUUGCGACCAGAAAAAGGGGUGCAUUUCUAAUGCUGCCCGUGUGUAUGAGCCAUGGGGUACAUCAGGACCUGAAAGCUUACCACAUAAGUGAGGCUGGGUGGGCAGUCCACUUUGCCACCAUCUAACAUGGAUGCUGCUUUGCAGUUCAGAGUUUCUUCGCUUGACAUACGCAGGUUUUAUGUUUAAAUUCCUUGAACUUAAUUUUUUUCUUCAAACCUGCUUUAAAAUCAAUUAAUCUUUUUGUAAUUGUUUUGUAUUAUCAUUUGGCUUUCCUAUCUACAAGCUUCCCUGAAUAGUGAGUGUGGCUAAUAAGCAUUAAAAUCGCUUAAUGUUAUAUAAAUCUUAACCAGAUUCAUUCAUUUUGUCUUAAGGAAAAAAUCCCUUGGGCGUGUUUAAAGCUAUUGGUUUGUUUUUUUUUUUUU